UGCGCGGUUCGGAGUUCGGUUAGCCUGUCCGGGAAGCGUGGCUAGCUGGCGAACAGGGCCGAGGAGCGACGAAGACGGUCGAACGUAGCCGAGCUCGACAUCGGCCGUCUUGUCGUUCGGAUCUAGUGGUUCAGUGCAUGCAUAGCGGCCGGCCGGCGUGCAUAGUCGGUUGAUAACGGAAUAUCGGUUGAUAACUAAAUCAUCGUUUCGGGGGGGAUUAUUUUUCUAUCGAUGCGCUUUUGGUGUAUGGAAACGUGUGCGAAGUAGGGGCGAAGCAUCGAGGAAAGGCGCCGUCGUGCUCGCGCUCUCGUCGGCACCGGGCCUCGGGGCCCGGGGGCCAUCCCGUAACACGCGGUUAUGGAGUUCCUAGCCUCGUCCCGGUACGGAACCAGCUACAAUAUCUGUGCGCGGGCGUUACCCCGUCGAUUUUCUUCUCGCGUACUAGUCAGCAACUCCGCUGCGACGACAGCCAAGCCCUGAAUCAAGCUCCGUGUCAAAGGUAUCGCACUCGCAUCCCAUUUAUCGCGACCUCGUUGAAAAAGGAGCAUACAUACCUCCGACGUCGCUCGGUCUGCUCCUUUAGUCUCGAGGAAGACAGGUGCUUUUCAACGAAGAGAAAUACACCUAGAGAUAACGGGUAACACGAUUAAGCACGUUGUGCGGUUAACGCAUGAUCGAAAAAACGAAGAAUCGUGCUUUUCUUAACGGUAACAACACCAUCCGUCUCCUAUUCGCACGGGAUUUAAUAAUUGUAUGUACAUACAUACACCGACUGGCAAGACGGGGCUGAGCGAUAGGGAGCGCAGAGACGGCAUACAAACCUGGUCCCCCUUGUCCCAUCUUUUUUCCUACGUCUCUUUUGCCUCGCGUACGUUCUUUGAGAGCGCACUUUCGUCACACGGUUAUAAUUGCAGCUCCGUAAGCUGGAAAAAUCUCGCUUAAAAAUCGAGGUCAAAGGGAACAAAGAAAGCGGCCUUUGUUCUUACCCAUUUUUAUUUCUCUUCCCAGCCCGAGAGAAAGAGAUUCUUGCUUCUUGUGCUCUCUCCUAUCUUAUCGAGAGAAAGGGGUAGCUGGAGGAUUUCCUUGUUUACCCGACGUAUCAGAUGCCCCCCUCCCCCCGUCAUUAACGACGACGUAAACGAGGAUCGACGAUGUGGCUACGAUUUUUUUUGCUUUUUCGCCUUACCAAGCACGUGCGAUGCAGCUUCACGGAAUUUGCUCUAUCCGUGGCUAAAUUCACGUUUCCGUUUCCGUUUCCGUUUCCGUUUCCGUUUCCGUUUCUCAACGAAGACGCGUAUGUAGGUACGCGAGCCUAUAUGUACCUAUUGAUUCUUGCUUUAUUUCUACCGAAUCACUGCGGAGAGUAGCGUUGUCAAGAUUCACUCGUCAGAAUCUUCUCUGCUCUGCUUUUUUCCCCCAAUUUUCAUCGCAACACAUUUCACUCGUGACACUUUUCACAGAGACUUUGCACGUCGCGGUAGCAUCGUCGUGGUAUUAUUCGAAAGGUCGAACGGUGUGUACCUGUCUGCUGUGUAUGUUUCUGCUUACCGAUGGAUAUUCGACACCGUCUCCUACCGAAUAGUUGAAUCGUUUACAAUUUGGAAUUGCCUCGACGGUGGUUUAAACUGUUAUGAAAAAUUGUUGAGCGAUUUAACACGUGUUGACUGCCUUGACGUUCGCAGCUGACUAAUCGAAUAAUUAAAAAGCACCAGAGGAAAGAAGAACCAUUAAAGAAUACCAUUAACAUUUAGGAAAUAGCAAAAUAAAAUCGUAUCCUUAAUAAGCAUAUUUUGUUAAAUAGCACUAUUUUCGUGUUAAUAAGCAUUUCUGGAAUGUAACCUUAUAGAAAAAAAAGUCUGUAUUUCCAAAAGCUUUGAAAAAGUAUGAAAUUUCGAAUGACGUUUAAAGUGCUUCGAAGCGAUUACCUAUUAUCCUCGGUGUACCUUUCUUUUCUCUGCAUUGUUCGUCGGUACACGAUGUUCCAUUCACGGUAUGGUUAGACACUAUCGGACGUAACUCCAUGCCAAUCGAUAGUUCUCCGAGAGAUAGGGCAGCUGUAGCUCCUCCCUCGACCUCUCGCGAAAUCUGUGGACCUGUUCCCGAUUCCCGAUUCCCGAUUCCCGAUUCCCGAUUCCCGAUUCCCGACUACAUAUCAGGACGUGAUUUUGUGGUACAGAUGAUACGCGGUACCGAUGCGAUGGAUGCGCGUCGGAAGAAAUGCUAGCCUGAAACGCACGGUGAAAACGGGAGAUGGUUGAUGGAACGAGUCGCGAAUACGAGCGGACGAUCUUUCUGACAAUGAUGUCGAAAGAUGAAACGGAAUCCUUAUGGUGAAAUCUGGUAGGAGGGAACAGUUGUAUCGAAUAGAAAUAGAGGAGAGAAACGGGGAAUAAAGAAAGAGGUAGAAAACUGGCGUCCCAAACACGUGACGGUGGAUCCCGCGGGACUCGGACCCGUCGACGGACAAAUGGUGGAUCCUUGUCGAGCCGUGGAAGCGCGACGGGUAUGCAAUGCGGCCUGUGCGCCGUCGUCGCGGGACUCUUUCGGAGAGCCAUGUGUAUCGCGGGCAGCAGACGUGGUUCCGGGGAAUCCUGCUACCAGGAACUCACCACCGAGGCUCAGGUGCGACGGCACUCGCAGGUCGCGCCCAUUGAGACCGGCCUGAAGGCGGCUGAGAUCGCCGAACACGUUAAAGAGGCCGUUCAGACGCAGGAGAGGAGAAGCGCAGAGAUAACGGUGGACAGCGGGGAACAGAAUGCUGUAUUCGUCCGUCUUUCCGAAAGCGCCGCACUGCCAACGUCUGGUGUGUCAGCAACUAUAACAGAGAUUCGGGAUGAAGGAAAACCGGAAGCAGCGUCGAGACGUUUGUCAGAGGUGGACCGAAUCCUGCUGGAAAGUUUGGAUAUCGGUCACUCGAGACCUAGGCCUACCGGUCGAUUCCUGACGAUGCAUAAAAGACGUCGUAAGAGGCUUACCACGAGAUCCUUAACUCAAGAGCCUGGUAUUUUGGACGAUAUUUUCCACGGCCUGGUUCAGUGCGUGUUACAAAAGGCCGGAAACUGGCGAUUUAAUGCAUUCACGCUGGAAACAGUGACGGGAGGACGUUCCCUACCGGUGUUAUGCGUGCAUCUUUUUCACUGGUACGGGCUACUGCAACACUUUAAUCUAGACGUGGUAACGGUAUGGAAAUUAUUUGCCUUCAUCGAGGAAGGUUAUCACAGUACAAAUCCUUACCACAACAGUAUACACGCCACAGAUGUUACUCAGGCGAUGCAUUGCUUCCUCCAAGAGGAAAAGAUUAGAACACACUUAACCAACUUGGAGAUCAUGGCUGCACUGAUAGCCGCGGUGACGCAUGAUCUGGAUCAUCCGGGCGUCAAUCAACCGUUUCUGGUUGCCACGAGCAAUCAUUUGGCUGCUCUCUAUCAAAACACGUCGGUUCUUGAGAAUCAUCAUUGGAGAUCUGCGAUCGGCUGUCUGUUAGAAAGCGGCGUCUCGGAUCAAUUGCCUGCUAACGUGAGACCUGAACUUCAACGACACAUCAGCUCGUUGAUUUUGGCCACGGACAUCACGAGGCAACAGGAAUUUCUCGUUCGAUUCAAGCACUAUUUGGAUGAAAAUCUCCUAGAAAUGAAGCGACCGGACGAUCGGCACUUCAUUUUGCAAAUAGCUCUGAAAUGUGCAGAUAUAUCGAACCCGUGCAGACCGUGGGAUAUUUCAAGGAAAUGGUCGUACAAAGUAUGCGAAGAAUUCUUUCGGCAGGGCGAUUACGAGCGUCGAUUGAACCUUCCAGUAACGCCGUUAUGCGAUCGGCAUACCACUAGCAUACCAAAGAUACAAGUUGGAUUCCUCAAGUUCGUCGUGACGCCUCUGUACGAGGAAUGGCAUCGUUUCCUCGGCGACGGAUUAAGCGUAACGUUGAUGGACCAUCUACGCGCUAAUCAGAAGAAAUGGGAAGCCUUGAAUCUGCAGGAAACCGCGGAGGAAACGGAAACGGAGAUAUCCGAGCUGGAGGAAGCGGAAGACGCGGUUAGCUCUGUGGAUGAUCCGGUCGCGGACGAGGACGCAGCAGGAAGCAUCGACUUGCUGAUACCGGCUGCGUACGUUCAGUCUUCCCGGAUGCAAAGCCUACCGGCGCGAGUUGGCUUGGAACGCGUGGGAAGACGUCAUUCGGUGCCGCUGAGCGUAUCGAAGCCCUUAACGUUGCUGCCGCGAACCGCAGCCAGACGCGAAAGUCUGCCCACUGAGCAGAGUAAAUCAAAAACGAAUCUGUUGCUAAAGUUGGAGGAGCAAAGCUUCCUGGAUCCCAGCUCGUUAUCGUUGCUAUCGUCCAAGAGCAGCAUAGGCCAGGAACUCUCACCGAACGCCAAUACCGGUGAGAGACCUGUCAGUGCUGAGAGUCUUCUACCAGAACCGAGUAUAGCUAGCAUCACAAAUAGCGCUGAAGCGUCGAGGCUAAGUACAGUCUUGCAGCCAGACGGUCAGAAAGGAGGUACACAAUCGAAGCAGUUAACCAGGCAACAAACCUUCCCUCCCCUGCAGCAAUACGUCAGAAUGAGAUAUCUGUCUGCCACCGCGGAAAUGGCGCAAUGCUACUCUCAGAUCUUGCUAGAGGGAGACAGCUCUAGCUCGUCGUCCUGCUCUGCCAAGGAGAAAUCUUGCUCGGAUGGUCGUUGUGGUACACCGCCAAAGUUCGAGGGAACCUCGUCACAAGUAAAGACUAGCGUAAAGAUAACGAAAGAGAUUGAGGUACCAGGAAAGAAAUACGGGUCCGCGAUUCCAGAAUUGUUUAAGCAGAAGAUGGAGCCUCCUUCGAGUGGCGAUCAUUUGAGACGUCAUUCGGUGCAAACUAUCCGCGUCGAAGACGCCAGCCUUAAAACUGGCAAAAGGCGACCCUCUUCUGCUCAAGGAAUCGAUUUCACGCAGAGUUUCUAUGCGUCUUUGACCGGUUCCACCGAAGAGAAAGAGAGUCGUGCUACUGAAACAGUCUCCAAGACGGAUGGUACUACUACUUCCGUCUUCGUUUCGAAAGUGAAAUUAGAUGAUGAUAAACCGGUAGGCGAGAAUCAACGGACUACAGUGGCGUUCAAGUCGGAUCAGUGCAGUUCGAUGCAGGUUACGAGAAUAAAGUGCAGCAUCGACUCUGAAUUACGAAGAUACUCAACUCCUGUGCCAGAAACUAAGACAAUAAAAAUGACUGAUAGCGGGGGUAGACGAUUUACCGCAAUACCAGUGACCUCCGAGCUUAGUACUCAUAAGGUGUUCUUCAUCGGAAGCCCACCGGAUUCACCGCCUCUCGUGCAAAGCGUGUCGUCGUCCAGCGAUAGUGGUAGUGAACCGCGACGAAGUAUCGGCGGUGGUGGUGGUGGUGGUGAUUCGAAUAACGAAGUCGUUUCUACUGGCAGCAAACGUGACUCGGAACCUAUGAAAGAAAAGACCUCUAAGAUUGCCAAAUUGAGCCACGAUGUACAGAUGAAGGAAAACGUUGAUCCACGGACGGUAGAAGAUCCUAAAGGGAUUCCUUUGUCUCGAAAGGGUAGUCAGUCAUGGGCUAGAAGGCGUGGAUCUGCUCCAGUUGGUUUGCUAUCAAGAUUAGAUGACAUCGCAAUGCCACCUAUACCAUCUAGAGUUGAUCAUACUUCCAGACGUGGGUCUGUACCCGCCGACAUUACCAGGCAUCAAGGUGGAGGUGUCAAUAGAUUAGCCUUAGGACCUCGGGAGGGUAAUGUUGCAACACCUAGGAGAGCCAGUCUUCCACAAGAAACUGCUCUUGGAAAUCUUCUUGGCAAUAUUUUAUCUUUAACCAAUGAACGAGAAAAUCUCCCAAUAAAUAAUAACAAUAAUAAUAACAAUACCGGAAGUAGCAACAAUAACGGAAUAACAAGACUAAUCGAUAGCACCGGCCCUAGCAUGCCGUCUCCGCGGCGAGGUUCAGUGCCAGCAGACAUAUCUGAAUUACGCCGUGAUAUGUUCAAUAGGAGUAGUAUAAAUGGUAAGCCUCGUAAUCGGAAAAAGAUUUUGAGGAGGAGAAGUUCCGGAGGACCGGAAAUGUUUUCUGGAGGAUCAACAGAUGGAAACGAUAAUGGCACAUGGCUUAAAUGGAAGAGGGAACUUGGAAAAAAGGACUCUAUUCCUGAACCACUCGUCAAACGAAGAGGUUCCCUGCCCAUAGAGAUGGUGGCCAUUUCUCAUGCUGGUCGGUACAAUCAUAGAUAAAGGAGGAUGUCGUUAAACAAGCCGGAUCUGGAUCAGGAGCACGAAGAUCAAGCUUGUGGAGACUUUAGCAUGCAGCAGAAACGAGUGGACCGUCCGUGAUACCAGCGGUUAACAUAAGAUCAUCGAAUACUACCAUAUUGACAGUCUUUCCUUACAACAUUAGCAGCAACAGCGAUGAUUGACUUCCACGUUUCAGAAUUGCCAAAAACUGGAACUCUUCUUACCAAUCGUAAUUCUGGGCAAGUGAAUUUUGCAAAAUUAACCACGAUUUGCAAUAUUUGCAAAUUAAAACAAUUAUAAAAACAAUUACAACGACAGCGAUUUCUACAUCAAUUGCUGAUAAUUUCAAUGCUGUUGUCAUAAUAAUUGAUAACUAUCGUAUACUAUAUUCAUUGGAACAGAAUACAAAUUUAAGAUUGGCAAGAUAGUAAAGCAAGAUGAAAUUUUAUGACAGGGUUUAAAUAACGAAAGGAGAAUAAAACUAUUAAUUAACUAAAGUCUUCCCCGCAAUUUACGCGUCCGCGUGGAAGAAAUACAAUGUAUACACAUAGUAGUUAUGUGAGCUCUACAUAUAUCCAUUUGUGCCAUAUACACAAAUGUUGUUAAAAACAAGAUACAGUCAAACACAGGGUUCAAUAUGACGAUUUUAAUAAUUAAAAUGCCUAGGUAUGGAGAAGGAAAAAAAGACUGGUAGAAAAGUUCACCGCUAUAAAAUUAGACACUUAAAGUGACACGUAAAUUGAUUGAAAUGUAAUGAUAUUUGCUCAUAGUUAAGAAACUUACAAUUUUUUAAAGAAUUCGGCAGGAUAAUAUUUAUCUUCACUCAGUUAGUCAUUCUUACCAUUCGUCAUCCCCAUCAAAUUCGUUUCUGCAUCCGCCUUAAUAAAUCAAAUUUUUUAUCUCCGUCGACGACGUUACGAAUACGUAUGUAAAUACAUACAUAUGUAUGUAUGUACAACGCAAAGCGAUUGAAUUUUAUUUUUAGGUUGAAAAUAAGGAAUAAUAAUGGCUAUGAGACGUAUACAUAUGUAUAUGUAUAUAAGUACACAUAUGUAUGUAGCGCUGAUAAAAAUGUAUGUAUGUAUACUCAAUAUCAGAUGUAGUUUCCUUUGAACUUUAAUGAAAAUCGAAAUAGACAUUCCAUUAAAACAGAUAGUAUGCAAUGCGUAGAACAUGAAUGAAAAUUAAUAAUGGUGAAGUUGUUUAUUACUAUUUAUCAUCAUUCAUUAUAACAUCAUAAUCAUAACCAUCAUUAUUGUCAUCGUCGUUGUUGUUAUUAUACAUAUAUAUACAUAUAUACAUAAGUAGUUACGAAUGAAAAUCUUAAUGAUCGUUACAGUAGAUAGAUAUUGUAAACUUAGGGAAUAACAAUAUGUGCGUUUAACCAUGAAGUUAAUUAGUUAGUGAAUUGCGUGAAAUUAUAAUCAUGAUUGUUUACUAUCGAAGAAAAUUAAAGAUGGUUACGAUGCAUAGGUUUACGGUACGUGAACCAAAAAAUAAUCAAAAGCUGUGACAUUUGUUUAUACUCUCUCCUAAAAUACUAAUUCAGUUAUAUACUUUUUAAUUAAUAAGAUUUAGUUACACAAAGUACAAUUGUUAAACUGCCUAUGCACAAACGUGUACAAUAUUGUCCUGUUUUAUUGUAAAAAUCUUUUUAUUAUAAAAUUAUCAUAUAAAGAUACGUUAAUAGUAUUUUUAAUUACUUUUUAAAUGGAGAACGAAAAGACAUUGUAAUUUUAUGUCACGUACUGCUAUAACCUGUCGUCCCUCUGACUGUCAGAAAGUAAAGAACUAUUAUUAAGUCAUUGCAGUUCGGUAAUGAUAUAUAACAAGUCUAAUAAGUUUAUAACUAAUCAAAGUAAUAAUUGAUAUCUGUAUUGAUGUGAUAUAGAUAGGUCCUCCAUUUUCCAAGCAAAAUGUUGCCAAGCUUAACAAACUUUCUCUGAUAAAAUUUUUAAUCUUCUCGAUGCAGGAACUGUCAGAGCUUUAUGUGUAUUUCACUCGAUGACCAGGAAACAGAGGUGAAAAAAAUCGCCUUAAAUAGAUUCUCAGUCUUUAAACAUAAAACACAGAAACAAUUCUUAAGUUUUCCCAUUUCUAAUGCAGAAACACUGCAUCAAUGACUUGUUGUAUAAGUGUAUUAAGUAAGUUAGCGUAAAACUACUAGUCUUUCUAACUCUUAAUAUAAUUUGUACAUAAAUAUAUAUAUAUAUACAUAUAUAUUAUAUUCUCGUUCGACAAAAGAAAUGCACAGGCAACACCAAGGAACACAUUGAUGAAAGAUAUUGGAAAAUUUCAUUAAAAACUUUAUUUAUUUAUACUUUUUAAGAAUUUUACCUUUACAGACAGACCAAUGCAAAUGGGACUAAACAGAAUCUUUUUGUGAAAAUGAUAAAUGACUUAGCUUCUGAAGAAAAUUUGAAUUUCAAUAUUAUAUAUGACCACUCUGUCCAACUACUUUUUGAAGAAUUUAUGGCACCUAGAUAUACAUGUUCCCUAUUACAACACAAAACAAGCCUCAUUCCAAUAGAGAAUGAUGAACAUUCUUCAAAAAUUUUCUUCUGCCAUCCUGUAGAUAGUAUGUACUUGUAUUAUACUGUUUUCUAUGAUUAUAUUAUCCUGGAAUGUGUGAAACAGUUCGUUAUUACUUUAUCAGAAUGAAUGCAAAAGUAGGAUAUUUGACGUACAAUGCAUCAAGCAGUGUUUAUGCUCAUAUGAAUAUUCAUUUUUUAUGCCAAAACCUUAUGCUAUCAAAUGAUUGUAAAUCCUUAAGCUACUGCGAUAUUCGUCUUAUUUUGUAAAAUGUUAUUCUAUAACUUUAUUUACAACGAAAUGUCAAGAAAGAAUAAUACAAAAUUCUAAGAAGUUCAAGGAUAUGUUUCGUUUUUAACUUAUUACAUUGAUAAAAGAUAUUAAAUUAUACUUA